AUGGCUUCAAAGACCGGCACGACUGCUGGACGAGGCGGUGCAGGUCUCUACAAGGCGUCCGAAGAGACGAGGAAGGCCAGUCAGGCCGAGUCACCCGUUCGCCCUGUCGACCGCCAGCCUUCGAUUGAUGCCGCGUCCUCGAGCAGCGGGCUUACCUAUGCGACGAUUCCGCCCGAGUUGCUGGCGCCGACUCCCUUGGACAACGCCGCUGCCGGGUCAUCGAUCGCUGCAGGGCGGCACGACCCGGUGAAGCGUUCGGCGAAGAACCUCAAUCCCGCUCCUCCGGCCAUCCAGCGCGCACCUUCGCCUUUCAACGCUCCGGCGUUUGCCGAUGCACCUCAAGCGACUCUCGGUCUGCCGCCUUCUGCCUUCACGCUCUCGGGUGUUCCCCAGGCGUCGUAUUCUUUGCCUCCCAUUCCCGGUCUUCUGUCGCGCGCUGGCACGAGCAAGGCAGAUGAUCAGCUCGCCGAAGGGUACAGUCAGCCGCCCUCUCGCCUCACUUCGCUUCAUGCGAUUGUCCAGCAAGUACAGUCGUUUGGCCAGCCGGAUGCCCAUGCCAAAGUCGACCGCUGGCGGACGCAAGUCGAUACCGAGACUAGCCGCAGCGGCAAGCGCGCGCCGAGCUCGAACGAUGAAGCGGCCCUCGCUGACCCCGACGUCGACCCGCCGUUCAGCAAGGCUUCUGCUUCGACCGAUGCUGUCCGCCCCGCAUCCUCACUCUCGCCUGCUUUGGUUCCGAAGCCGAAAAAGGGCAAAGCCGCUGCUACGAAGAAAGCGAUCCAGGAGCAGGACGCAGGACGCCCGAAGAAGGCGCCGAAGCGCAAGCGCGUCAAGGACGACGAACAGCCGGGUGCCAACUCUCCUGAACACGGCAUCUCGUCGAAGGCGCUCGUCAAGAUGCUUCCGAAACGCCGCAAGGUAUUUGGUCGAGCUAAGGAGAACGAGGCCGAGUCUAUGGACGACGAGACGGACUACGAAGAUGUCUCUUCGCCACCCCAUCGUCGUCGCGGCACCACGAAGAAGCGCGCCGCAGCCUCGCGCACAGCAGGAGAGGCGAGUAACGAGGUGAAGGCGAGGAAGCGGGCUGCGAAGAGUUCCGAGCCGGAUGACUCGGGAACGGAGCGUCGUAAGGAGAAGGCUCGCCAGAAGUGGCAGGAAAUCGACGACUUCCAGCUCGAGGUUCUGCCGACGCUUUGA